CCGGCACGCCAGCAGUUGCUUCCCAGCCUGUGGAAGGGCUUUGGUGACAAGAGAGCUGUGUGCCAGGCAGGCUGCAGCUCGUAGUCCCUUGGCACAUCUCUCUUGUGCUGGGUAGGGCAGUAACCCCUCUGCCUUCACAGAGCCGCCUCCAAGGUGUUCGGGAAACAUCAGUACUACUCUGAGGUUUUGCUGUGGUAUAUUCUGUCAUUAUGAGAUGUCGUCUACCAGUGCUUCAUUUGUGCAAAUUAGAUUUGAUGACUUGCAGUUUUUUGAGAACUGCGGCGGAGGGAGUUUCGGGAGUGUCUACCGAGCCCGAUGGAUUUCUCAGGACAAGGAGGUGGCUGUAAAGAAGCUGCUCAAAAUAGAAAAAGAGGCAGAAAUACUCAGUGUUCUCAGUCACAAAAACAUCAUUCAGUUCUACGGAGCUGUAAUUGAACCUCCAAAUUAUGGCAUUGUUACAGAGUAUGCUUCUGCUGGCUCACUGUUUGAUUACAUUAAUAGUAACAAAAGUGAAGAGAUGGAUAUGGAUCAUAUCAUGACCUGGGCAACUGACAUAGCUAAAGGAAUGCACUAUUUACACAUGGAAGCUCCAGUCAAAGUAAUCCACAGGGAUCUGAAGUCCAGGAAUGUUGUUAUAGCUGCUGAUGGCGUGUUGAAGAUUUGUGAUUUUGGAGCCUCAAGAUUCCACUCCCAUACAACACAUAUGUCAUUAGUGGGCACUUUUCCCUGGAUGGCCCCAGAAGUUAUCCAAAGUCUCCCAGUGUCUGAAACAUGUGACACCUACUCGUAUGGAGUGGUUCUCUGGGAGAUGCUAACAAGGGAGGUCCCCUUUAAAGGCUUGGAAGGAUUACAAGUAGCUUGGCUUGUAGUGGAAAAAAACGAGAGAUUAACCAUUCCAAGCAGUUGUCCCAGAAGUUUUGCGGAACUGAUGCACCAGUGUUGGGAUGCUGAUUCAAAGAAAAGGCCAUCUUUCAAGCAGAUCAUUUCAAUCCUGGAAUCUAUGUCAAAUGACAGCAACCUUCCAGACCAGUGUAACUCAUUCCUGCAUAACAAGGCAGAGUGGAGAUGUGAAAUUGAAGCAACCUUAGAGAGACUAAAGAAACUGGAGCGUGAUCUGAGCUUUAAAGAGCAAGAACUAAAGGAACGGGAGCGACGCUUGAGGAUGUGGGAGCAGAAGUUAACUGAACAGUCCAAUACUCCUUUUUUCUUACCUCUUGCUGCAAGAAUGUCUCAGGAGUCUUACUUUGAAUCUAAGACAGAGGAGUCAAACAGUGCAGAGAUGUCAUGUCAGAUCACAGCAACAAGUAACGGGGAGGUAGCUGGCAUGAACCAAAGUCUGAAGGCCUUGAUGAUGACGGGCUUUGGUGAUAUCUUCUCUCUGAACCAAGCAGGAGCUGUCCUGCAUUCUGGAAUGCAGAUAAACAUGCAAGCCAAAAAGAAUUCUUCUAAAACCACCUCUAUGAGAAAAGGAAAGAAAAUCAACAUGGCUUUGGGUUUCAGUGAAUUCGACUGGUCAGAUGAUGAUGAUGAUGAUUUUGAUGACACAGAUGAUAGCAGCGAAUGAAAUCAGUUAUAGAGUUAACCUUGAAAUUGGUUUUAGCAAAGCAAAAUAAUAAAGUUUUAGAACAAGAAUCCUGUCAGUUUGGUCUGUUUAAAUCCUGUAAAAGAGAAAAAAAAAAAAGAAAAAAAAAAAGUUUUCCAGGCAGAGCAUGUUUGUAUGUGGAAAUACGUUAUUUUUGUUUAGAUUGUGCUGACUUAUUUCUGAUUUGGUCAAAUUUGGAAUUAAACUUUCCAAAGUAAUUGAGACUAUCAAUUUAAGAACCAUGUUUAUAUCUAUUCUUGAUGCCUGAUUACAGAAACAAUGGCUUCAUAAAUUUAAGAUUUGAAAACACUGGGGGAAACCUUCAAUGCCUUUAAUGUCAUUAAUGUACUUCACAUUUUUCUCUUGCGUUUUUUUGUCAUUUCCCUUACCCCUUUAAUCGUCAAUCAUAUGACAAUGCUUAAACUGCUAGACUUGCUGUUUUCUACAGUCCAUCCUUUCUUACUCUUCCAAUGAAGGAGGAUUUGCUGUGUUUCUAACUUUAAACCUUUUCCAAGGUGGGAAGUCACAUAUAUAUUUUGAGGAAGAGGGAAGCUCGGUUGAGGGGAAUAUAGGGGUUAGUUAAAUACUGAGUUUUCAAACUGAGUAGCAGCAGAAUCCAUAUAAUCCCUAUCAGUAGAUUAUUUGUAUAAAUGUUCCUUUUCUCCCCCCUCACAAGUAUGUGCAUGUAUAUAUAAUUCACUCCAGCAAAACGAACUGCAAUCAGACCUCUGCAUCUAUUAUCAGAUAUUUUCAUCUAGAAGCUGAUUUUCAGUUAUGUUGAUGUAAAUCCAGGAAGCCUCAUUUACUUUGAUGGACUUACUGUACCCGAGAGUAAAAAUCAGCGUUAGUAAAUUUUGAUUCUUUUGCAUCUCCUAAGCCGUCUGUGCUACCUUUAUGAAAGGGCAAAGAGAAGCCACAGUGACAUUUCAGCUUGGGCCCUACUACUGUGGCAUAUGUGAAAUUCCCCGUGAGGCUGGUAACGUGAGGAACAUUUAUGCAGUCUCUGCAUACCUGUUUUUUGCAGCUAAAUCACUUAAAGUAUUGCCACUGCUGUUAUGACUUACCAUAAAACACAGUGUGGAACAGUCUGCUGCAGUAAUUGCCUGCCAGGCACUUAUGUUAAGAGCAGCAAGUGUGUUUCUCUUGAUGACCCCUUUAGUGGUGAUGCAGAAGGAGGGAGGGAAACCACAAAUGCAGGUUAGGAAAGAAGAUGAUGUAAAAUAUUUGCUCAAGAAAGAAGGGCGGCAUUUCAAAAGAAGAGCAUUGCUGUCUAGUUCAGCUGUAGUGGGAAUAAGGCAUCAAAAUUCCAUUCUCAAUUACUGGAGGGGUUUCUUUCAUGAAAACUUACAGGUUUGAGCCACUUCUUUAAUUAUAGGCUUGCCUGUUACACAGCUCUAACCUACAUGUUGUGGUGUUUUUGUAGAUAGCUUGGAGAAAAAAAUGGAUACAUUAGAUAACAGCAGGCCUGAAAUCAUUGCAUAUUCACUGAACAAACAAGGAAGUUCUUUGAAGAGUUUUUCUAGAGUGAUGAGUAGACACCUUUUUGGGGUUUGAGAGAGUUGUUUUAUUCUUAAGCACCAGCACUGGUCUGGUAACCUGCAACCUAGCCAAGUCCACUCAGUUUGCAAAGGAUUAGACCCUCCAAGAUGCUUAAUGUCUUUAGGUUGUCAUUUCCCAUUUCACCUUCUUCCUAGCAGUUGCAAAUGCAUUGGGUUGAAGUUAAUUCUUCUGUAUCACAAAGCUCUUCUCAUAACAGAAUUCCAAUUUAAGUGAUGUAUAUAUAUUUACAGAGUAUCCCAAGGAGGAACUUGUUCCUUCAGCACAGGUAGGGAUGGCUUGUUAGGUCCAUCAAACUAACCUGAUUUUAGGGAGAAAAAGGGACAUUGAAGGGCAAAUAAUUAAAGGGAAAUAAGAGCAAACAGGCAGGUUUGUAAUAUUUUUUAAGUCUAUGUCUGCUAACACCCACAGCAAUGCUACUAUUUUUGUAACUGCCACUUUGCACCCAGGGAAAUUUGAUGGAUUUGUGUAAUCUGAUAUGUGCACUUUAGAUCUGAAGAUGUGUGUCAUUGUGCAUAAAUUACUGUACCACAUAGGCAAUGUAGGGUUAUACAUGUUCAACUAAAAUGAAAUUUGGUUCAGUACACUAGGUACUCAAAAACCCCCAAAAAACUUGUCUUUAGCAUUGAUGUUCUGCACUUUUUUUAGCAUCUGACAAUCUCAGAGCACUUCAUGCACAUUUAUAUUUGCAUGGGUUUGAACUGCAUUUGUAAAUCAACUCCUUAAUCCUCACAGAAGUAAAAUAGUCCUUAAGUAGUAUGAGAUAGCAUUUCAUAGUUAGAAAAUCACAAGAUUUGAGUCUGUAUUCAAGGUUUUGUGCUAGCCCAGGUGUGUAACUUAUUUAAGCAGAAAAUCACCAGAAUUUGGUAGCAUGCUUAUGGGAAUUUCUCCUAUCUACUUAGUUCUAGUAUUUUUUUAAUGAAACAAAGAUGGAUUUUUUUUACCCUUAUCUUAAUACAUCAGUAUCCAUUUCUAUACAUUACUUGUCAGAGUUAUAUUAAGGUAAAAUUUAAGCUUAUGUAAAGACUACCUGUGCUUUGUGUUCAAAGCAUCAAAGGUAAUCUCUGAGUAUUCUAGAGAGAUGACAUACAUGACAAACUCUUCUGAUGCAGUUGCCUUGAGAUAGUUAUGCUUGCAAUUUUGGGCUAUUUUAAUUUUAAAAAUAAUGGUAUUGAUUGACAAAAAUCAUAUGUGAGAAUCAAGAUGUGUUGGUUUUACUUUUGAUACACUUCUCACUCGAUAAGGGUUUUGAAAGUAGCUCUGGUGGGCAGGUAUGUUGGUUGGAGGAGGUCAGAGUAUUUCAUCUUCCACAACUGAUUCUGCUUUGCAGUGCUACCCAGUCUGUCUUCUACCAGUAUCAUCACCAGGGUGUGUAGAUCUCCACAGCCAUACAUAGUAUGUCAACUUACCAAAGUGUUAACCAAAUCCAGAAGGUGUUUCUCUGGGCAGUGAGCAAAGCCACCAAAAGCUUUCACGUGCCUUGUACACCUCUCAGCUCGCUAGUCCCCAACAGGCCUUUUGACAUCCCCAUUUUCUCUACCUCCCAAAAAGCCCUGGAAGUUUCUGCAGUAAAAUAAUGUUGCUGCAUGUGAUGGAGGGGAAAGGUAAGAAGCAGGACUAAACUUCUCAUUUUUAACAGGCUGUUGUAUUGCCAACACUGAUUUAGAUGGUUAAAUGGCCCAAGAGAAAAAUGAUCAGCUUUUGGCUUGCUUAAAGCUACAGGGUGAGCUGGGACCAAGACAGUAUGUCUGACUCCCUUUCUUUUCCUUCAGCAGCAGGGAAAAAAUGGAAGGAGAAUAAAUUGAGGGAAUCUUUUUGAUCUGUUCUUUUAUGUGAUUGAUCACACCAGUAAUUCCUUGGAGUAACAAGUGUCCUAAGGUCCCAUGUGCAGGUGUGCUGCAUCCCCAGCUGGUUGUGGGCUGCCCGACAGAGCUUGUCCCCUCUAGGGGGGAAGGACUACCAGGAGGUGAGGUCUGGCACAGCUCCUUGUCACAUAGUCAUGUUCUCCAUUUGUCAUUUGUUUAUCGUUCCAGUGGUUUUGUUGAUUCCUUUUCCUUCUGGUUAUUCUGACUUCAUGACAUGGUUAUUCUGACUUCAAUAUUUGAUGCAGUAGUGAUUUAUAUUGCUAUCAGCAAGAAAUCUGUAGUGUGCAUAUAGCUGUGAAGUAUUCAGAAGCUUUACUGUGUGUCUUUAGUACUGUAGUUCCUUUUUCUGUAAUCAGGCAGCUUUUACAGGUUUUAAUAAGACCUCUAACUUGACAGAGGUUUUAACUACAGUCCUAAGUAGAAUAUUCAGGUAGAAAAGUAAGUUCAUUUAGUAAUUUUCACAGCCCUUAAAAUGCACUGGUAGGAAUCUGGAGGAGAGACCUUUCCCUUUUCCCCCAGACCGACUUAGUGUACACUGUAAAAUCUGCACAGAGAUUUCUGAUGUGUGAAAAUUUAAUUUUAAAACUGCAGAAGCAACAAUCUUCUUUAAACAUUUUAUAUUGUGUGCUAAAUAUUCAUAUGCCUUUUAAAGUCAGAUAUAGUCCACUGCAUUUCUUGCUUUUGCACUACUGAAGGAGUUUUGUACUGAAUACUAGGAGUCAAUGCUACUUACACUUCUGAGUGUGAACCGGUUAAAUUUGAAUAGAAAUUAUUUUCACAGUGUUAGAAAACUUCAUUUUGCCUUCUGAUAAAAGAAAGCUGAGCGCAAUGCCUGUGCUGUAAACUGAAUAUACCAUUUGUGUGGAACAUGCGAUGUUACACUUCUGUGUGGUAAAACCUUGCAGCGUCAGUUAUUCUCUUUAUUGCACUUGACAUAUGAUGUCUUGUUUUAUUCACACUGUGGAUUUGAAUUUCCAGUGUAAAACCAAAGAAAACAAACAAACAAAAAGAAAUCAUGCAAUGUAUUAAAUUUCCUCAAUCGGUGUCAUAAACUUUCUUUUGAUGUGAACUUUUUCCUUUGCUUCUCUUUGUUCCGAACUUCUAUUUUGCAAUAAACAUUUUGACAGUAAAUUUUA